AUGUAAAAACUGUCCUGAGGUAAUGCCUUAAACUUCAUUGAUACACAUAAAUAAAACGACUGACUUGUAAAUUAUUGAGUGCAGUUCUAAUUUCCAAAAUGGGAGGCUUUUUGGAAAAACCGGAAACGGAAAAGCAUGUUGAAGAGGGUUCCGGUAAUAACCUGCGAUAUUGCGUGAGUUCCAUGCAGGGCUGGCGUUUGGAAAUGGAAGAUACCCACUCGGCUGUUUGCAAAUUGAAGGAUGACUUCGAACUCUGGUCGUACUUUGCGGUGUUUGAUGGUCAUGCUAGCGAUCGAAUAUCAGAGUAUUGUGCAAAACACCUACUAAAAACUAUAAUGAAAUCCGAAGGGUUUUCCAAGCUGAGAUACGAGGCUGGGAUAAGAGAGGGUUUCCUGCGGUUGGACGAGGAUAUGAGGAAGUUGUUUCAGGACAAGCCAGGUGGAUCCACGGCAGUCUGUGUUUUCUUAUCGCCUGAUAAAAUGUAUCUGGCCAACUGUGGCGAUUCUCGGGCUGUAAUAUCCCGAAAUGGAAUAGCAGCCAUCAAUACCGUAGAUCAUAAGCCAUUUGCCCCUAAGGAAAGGGAACGGAUUCAGAAUGCCGGCGGCAGUGUUAUGAUAAAAAGAGUCAAUGGCACGCUGGCGGUUUCCCGAGCUUUGGGCGACUAUGAUUUCAAAAAUGAUAGCUCCAGGUCUCCAGUCGAUCAGUUGGUGUCCCCAGAACCAGAUAUCAUAGUUUGUGAGCGUUCCGAACAGGAUGAGUUCAUCGUAAUUGCCUGCGAUGGCAUUUGGGAUGUGAUGAGCAGCACCGAGGUCUGUGAGUUCAUUGGUUCUCGCCUUCUGGUGACCUAUGACCUCCCAAUGAUUGUCAAUAGUGUGAUGGACAUUUGCCUGCACAAAGGCAGCCGGGAUAAUAUGACCCUGCUCCUCUUACUUUUGCCGGGUGCUCCGACCAUCGAUAUGGAUGCCGUUAAGGCAGAACGAAAUCUGGACCAAAGGAUUGCUCAAAUAACGAGGGAGGUCAUCGAGAAGCACGAAAUAACCGACUUUGAGGUUCUUAUUCGACUGAUGAAGAGGAUGGCCAUUAAUAUUCCAAAUCUACCGCCAGGCGGUGGUAUUUAUGCAAAGUACUAUAUCAUUGAGCAGGUUUUCCAUGAGAAAUUCCCCGAUGCUCCGGCUGAAAUUCAUGAUUAUUUUACUAUGUGAAAGGUAUGUUAUGAAGGAACAU